CGCGCUUCGUGUCUUGCAAACCUCAGCUUUCUCUCCAUUUUCAUCUCUGAAAAAAAAAAACAUUGACUUCAGAAUAAUAAGGUAAUGGAAAACGGCAACUCCUCGGCCGAGAAGAAGACCGUACGGAAACCGAUUCGAUGCAAAGCGGCGGUAUGUCGGAAGGCGGGAGAGGCGUUGGUGAUGGAGGAGAUAGUGGUGGCUCCGCCGGAGCCGUACGAGGUUCGUGUACGGAUCAUUUGCACCGCCCUCUGCCACAGUGACGUCACCUUUUGGAAACUCGAUAUGCCUCCUGGUUGCGUUCCGAGGAUUCUGGGCCAUGAAGCCAUUGGAGUGGUGGAAAGCGUUGGAGACAACGUGACCAAUUUGUCGGAAGGAGACACGGUGUUACCGACGUUCAUGGCGGACUGCGGAGAAUGCCACGACUGCAUAUCGACAAGAACCAACCUCUGCAGCAGGUUUCCCUUCAAGGUCUCGCCAUGGAUGCCAAGAUACGAAGAUUCAAGUAGAUUCACAGAUUGCAACGGGCAGAUUCUGUUCCAUUUCUUGAAUGUCUCGAGCUUCAGCGAGUACACCGUUGUUGACGUCGCUAACGUCGUCAAGAUCGACCCUUUUGUCCCUCCAAACCGAGCAUGUCUCCUCAGCUGUGGAGUCUCUACAGGUGUUGGCGCCGCGUGGGAAACGGCUAAGGUUGAAGAAGGGUCUACGGUUGCAAUCUUUGGACUCGGUUCCAUUGGAUUAGCGGUUGCCGAGGGAGCAAGACUUUGCGGCGCCUCCCGGAUCAUAGGCGUGGAUAUAAAUCCCGAGAAAUUCGAAGUCGGCCGGAAAUUUGGAGUGACCGAUUUCAUUAACUCUAAAACAUGCGUCGAUGAGCCGGUGAGCGAGGUGAUCAAAGAUAUGACCGGUGGAGGAGCAGACUACUGCUUCGAGUGUGUAGGUAGCAGCUCGUUGGUUCAAGAAGCUUACGCCUCCUGCAGACAGGGCUGGGGAAAAACCGUGAUGUUGGGGGUGGCAAAGCCGGGAUCUCAGAUCUGCCUAGACUCGUUCGAUGUUCUUCACCACGGGAAAACAUUGGUGGGUUCCCUUUUCGGAGGCCUUAAGGCCAAAACCCACAUUCCUCUCCUCCUGAAGAGAUACCAGGACAACGAGCUCGAGCUAGACAAGUUCGUCACGCAUGAGAUGAAGUUCGAGGACAUAAACAAGGCUUUCGAGCUGCUUAUGGAUGGGAAAUGCAUCAGAUGUGUGCUUUGGAUGGACAAAUGAAUUAUUCUCUUUCAGUCCUUGUCUUGUAUUUUGUCUCUACAGAGUGGUUUUUAGUGUUUGUGCUGAGAAUAAGCAAUAGUUGCAAUUUGAAAUCUCUUUUGCAGAGAUUUGGCUA